AUGAGUACUAGUAUUGCUUCCCUAUUGCAAAACCUUUCCAUUUCUGAACCUUCUUCUCUAGAAGGUUCUUUCCCCGAUGUUAACGUUGUCGACUUAAUGAGAAACUACAUCUCAGAAGAGUUGAGCAAAAUCUCUGGUGUCGACAGAACUUUAAUCUACCCUGCCCUAGAAUGGACUAACACUUUAGAUAGAGGUGAUUUAUUAAUCCCUAUUCCAAGGUUAAGGAUUAAGGGCGCUAAUCCAAAGGAUUUAGCUGCUGAAUGGGCUGAAAAGUUUCCAUGCGGUGAAUAUUUAAGCAAAGUUGAAGCCAAUGGUCCAUUUUUACAAUUCUUCUUCAAGCCAGAAUUACUUUUUAAAAUUGUAUUACCAGAUAUUUUAACUAGAAAAGAAAAAUAUGGUUACUCUAACUUGGGUCAAAAUAAACGAGUCAUAGUUGAAUUUUCAUCUCCAAAUAUUGCCAAGCCAUUUCAUGCAGGUCAUUUAAGAUCUACUAUUAUAGGUGGGUUCAUUGCCAAUCUUUAUGAGAGUUUAGGUUGGGAAGUCAUUAGAAUGAACUACUUGGGUGACUGGGGUAAGCAAUUUGGUUUAUUAGCUGUUGGUUUUGAAAGGUACGGUAACGAAGAAGCUCUAGUUAAAGAUCCAAUCCAUCAUUUAUUCGAUGUGUACGUCCGUAUAAAUAAGGAUAUUGAAGAAGAAGGUGAUUUGCUUCCAUUAGAAGAAUCAACUAACGGUAAAGCUCGUGAAUAUUUCAAGAGAAUGGAAGAUGGUGAUGAAGCUGCUUUGAAAAUAUGGAAAAGAUUCAGAGAAUACUCCAUCGAAAAAUAUAUCGAUACUUAUGCUAGAUUAAAUAUCAAAUAUGAUGUUUACUCGGGUGAAUCUCAAGUUCCUAAGGAAGCAAUGGAAAAAGCAUUAGAACUUUUUGAAGACAAAAAAUUAACUCGCGAAGAUAAAGGUGCCACUUUGAUUGAUUUGACCAAAUUUAAUAAGAAAUUAGGUAAAACAAUUGUCAAAAAAUCUGAUGGUACCACUUUAUAUUUAACCAGAGAUGUCGGUGCUGCUAUGGAUCGUUAUGAAAAAUUCCAUUUCGAUAAAAUGAUUUAUGUUAUCGCUACUCAACAAGAUCUACACACCGCUCAACUCUUCGAAAUCUUGAAACAAAUGGGUUUCGAAUGGGCCAAUAGAUUGCAACAUAUCAACUUCGGGAUGGUUCAAGGUAUGUCCACCAGAAAGGGUACCGUUGUUUUCUUAGAUAACAUCCUUGAAGAAACUAGAGAUAAGAUGCAUGAAGUCAUGAAGAAAAAUGAGGCCAAAUAUGAACAAAUUGAUAACCCAGAAGAAGUUGCCGAUUUAGUCGGUAUUUCCGCUGUCAUGAUCCAAGAUAUGCAAUCUAAGCGUAUCAAUAACUACGAAUUCAAAUGGGAAAGAAUGUUCUCUUUUGAAGGUGACACAGGUCCUUACUUACAAUAUGCUCAUUCAAGAUUAAGAUCCGUUGAAAGAAAUGCUUCUCAAAUCACUCCAGAUAAAUGGGUUAGUACGGACUUCUCAUUAUUAUCUGAGCCAGCUGCUGCCACAUUAGUUAGACUUUUGGGUCAAUAUCCAGAUGUCCUAAGAAAUGCUAUCAAAACUCACGAACCCACCACAGUUGUCACCUACCUAUUCAAGUUAACACAUCAAGUUUCUUCCUGUUAUGAUGUCCUAUGGGUGGCUGGUCAAACAGAAGAACUAGCUACUGCUCGUUUAGCCUUAUAUGCCGCUGCUAGGCAAGUUUUGAAUAACGGUAUGCGUUUAUUAGGUUUAACUCCUGUUGACAGAAUGUGA